AGUCAUGUGAUUCAGGUUCUAGUUUCAAAAUGGCGGUUUCAAAGUUUGGCAUAUUCAUUUUCUGCCAUAUACACAUUUUGUCUUUAACAACUGCAAAUUCAAAAGACGGUUAUGACAGGUAUAAGGCUUUGUUGCCCAAAACGCAAGGAAUGCCAUGGCCGCUUCCAUUUCAGAUGACUUCGUCGGAAGAUCAACUAUUCAUUGACAAAGACCGGUUUGUCUUCAAUUUGGACCAGAGAUGCGACAUUCUCUCAUACGCGUUCAAACGGUACACGGAUAUUAUCUUUGGAGCUGAUGACAGCACAGUAUCGCAAACAAAACGUUUUUCGAACAGAAAUGCCCAUCAGAAGACAGUGUUUGAGUUUGCCAUUCCGCGGCCGCUACGGGAUGAUGAUGUUGUUACAGCUCUGCAUGUGGAUGUUCAGGGACAAUGUAUGGAUGAUGAGUAUCCCAGUCUCCAGUCAGAUGAAUCUUACAAUUUACAAAUAAAUCCAAAUGGUUUCGCGACUUUGGAUGCAAAGCAAGUAUGGGGAGCAUUGAGAGGUCUUGAAACCUUUAGUCAGCUCAUCUACAAUAAUGAUGAUGGUGCUUUUGUCAUCAAUGUGACUUCAAUCACAGACAAGCCCAGAUUUCAACAUCGUGGUAUCCUACUGGAUUCAUCGAGGCAUUUCCUGUCAGUAAACGUGCUCAAGAAGAACUUGGAUGUGAUGGCCAUGAACAAAAUCAAUGUCUUCCACUGGCACAUUGUGGAUGGGACAUCAUUCCCAUACGAGAGUUACACAUUUCCAGAUAUGAGUGCUAUGAGUGCCUACACAAGAAAAGAAGUGUACUCUCAAGAAGAUAUCAAAGAUCUUAUUGAGUAUGCCAGACUUAGAGGAAUUCGUAUCAUUCCUGAAUUUGAUUCACCAGGUCAUUCCGAGUCCUGGGGCCCGGCCAACCCUGGAUUAUUGACCAAGUGCUUCACUGCCGGGAAGUGGGACGGAAGUUUCGGGCCCAUUGACCCGUCCUCCAACAUUACCUAUCCAUUCUUGACUCAGUUUUUCACAGAGAUUUCACAAGUAUUUAAGGAUCAGUACAUCCACCUUGGUGGGGAUGAAGUGUCCUUCGAUUGUUGGAAGAGCAAUCCUGAUGUGAACGCAUUCAUGACACGAAUGGGCUUUCCUAAUGACUAUUCCAAGCUGGAGGAGUAUUACAUGACCAAGCUGCUGCAGAUAGUGGACUCUGCAAAGCGCAACUACAUUAUCUGGCAGGAGGUUGUCGAUAAUAAUGUCACUGUUGCAGCAAACACAGUGGUGGAGGUAUGGAAGGGUGAGUAUCAGAAGGAGAUGGCAGCGGUGACAGCAAAGGGCUACAAGGUGCUGCUGUCCUCCCCCUGGUACCUCGACUACAUCUCGUAUGGCAAGGACUGGUACAAGUACUACCUGGCAGACCCACAAGACUUCAAUGGCACUCAGGAGCAGUAUGACCUGGUUAUGGGAGGCGAGGCCUGUCUCUGGGGGGAAUUCGUCGAUGAUACCAAUGUUCUAUCUAGACUCUGGCCGAGAGCUUCCCCAAUUGCAGAACGUCUGUGGAGCCCCAUUGGGACAUUUGACGUCAAGUCAGCGGAGAUGAGACUGGAUGAACACCGCUGCAGGAUGGUCAAACGUGGCUACCCAGCUCAGCCGAUCGACGGCCCUGGUUUUUGUCCCCAUGAGUUUGUGCAGAAGUAACUUCAAUAUGUGACACUGUGCUGAGCCAAUCAGGAAUAAAGUUGAAGAUUUGAAUCAUGUUUUGUACAUCAAUAUUUGUGAUUUUGAUCAUUUUGUAGGAUAUUUUUAUGGUGCGGUUUGCAUUUUUGUAUUUGUUUAAUGUUAAUUUGUUGCCUUCUCAUAAAUAAUGGUUACUGUGAUACUCAGAACAUUCCAAUGUGGUUCUUCUUCAGAGCCGAUUAGCCAGACUUUCUGGCUGUAACUGUCCACUUGUAGAUGCUUAUGUAAGAGUAGUCUAAUUUAAUAAAUAUACCAAAGAAGCAACCUCAUGUAUUAUUUUCCAAUUCCAUCAUAUACAGCAAGGCCUUGGUUAUUUACAAAGGAGUGUAUUCGAUUCAUACAAAGAACGCUAUAUUACACUCAUCACCGAGAUUAUGCUCAUUAUGCUACCAAUAAUUGGCUUUUUAUAAAGAUUGGCAAAAUCUUGCAGAUUGUAAAAAGAACGUAUAUGUUGUAAAUAAAAAUGCAAAUAAACACAUAUCUUAUGUAAAACUGGUAUGUUGGAAAUGUGUGGUUUUGCUGAUAUAAUCACGAUUCAGAAUGGAUCACGCUUAAUAUCGGUGGUUUGUGUGUGUGUAGUACUACUAUUGUUAUUAAAUACGUAACAAAAGUUAUAAAGCCUUAUUGGGCAAUUGUUACCAAUUGGACUGCUUUCAAAGGACCAUGAAGCUGCCAAUCCCAGUGAUAGCAAUAUUUUUAUUUGAUUUUUGUCUUGAUAUUAUGAUUAUUUGAGAUAAUUCCAAAUAUUGUAGUUUUUGCAGUAGACACAUGACAUGUAACAUUACAGUUAAAAAGAUAAUCUGUUAAGAAAUCCAUUCAAACCUGCCUUUUAUUGACCCAUACUUUGGGGAUUUUACCAGCUUUCAACUAGAUCUACAUGUAUAACUAUUUACUGCAGUUUAUUGCUUUCGUUUGUCUCUGUAUCAAACUGUUUUAUACAUCUGUAGACCAUAUACGGUAACGACUUUGGCAUUAAUGCCAUAUAUUUCACCCUACGUAUACAUGAACAAUUCUUAUAUUUAUGUUUGCCUUGUUGCGAAUAUCUAUUUUACGAUGAUAUGUAUAUGCUCUAGUAAUAAAUAAACUUUCUGUUCUGUAUUACCGGUACUCAAUAAAAUUUAUAACUGCG